AUGUCUGAAUUCGUCAACACGCCCAACUCGGAGCUGGACGAGGCGCAGAUCCGCGCCAAGGAGGAGUUCCUUGUGACGCAGGGCCCUCUCUCUGUCCUUCAGUCUUCCGUACGGAAUCACACGCAGAUCCUCAUCAGUCUUCGCAACAACAAGAAGCUUCUGGCGCGUGUCAAGGCUUUUGACAGGCACAGCAACAUGGUCCUGGAGAAUGUCAAGGAGAUGUGGACCGAGAUUCCAAAGAGCAAGAACCGCAAGCCAAUCAACAAGGACCGCUUCAUUCCCAAAAUGUUCUUGCGGGGCGAUUCAGUCGUGCUUGUGCUCAAGAACACGGCGUGAUCAAUGCUUCAACAGACACAACUUCUCUCGCUCCUGCUCAAACUGUACCUAUAGCCCCACAUCGUCUCAAUCACCAAAGAAGACAAAUUCUGCCAAAAAGG